AUGUCAGACACUCCAUCUAGUCUGCAGAGCAAGUACGAGCUAUACGACCUGCCUUCUCCCAAACGCCAUAUCACCACGCACACAAAUGAUGGGAAGUCCUGUUUCUAUACCGAAACGUCCCCAGAGGUGUUACGUCAACCGAUCACAGACGUUGUGGAUUUUUAUCUAAUGUAUACCACCUCCAACUUUCCGGCUGAGCUGGACAACGAAGACGACAUUGCGAAAUAUCGAACUUUCCUCGAGGGUCCCAAGCCUGGCUUGAUAAACAAGGGAGGUUCGGUCCUCCGUAUCUGUGACUUUGCACCUGUCGGAGAUGCGGAGGCUCAACCUAUGCAUCGCACGAUUAGUAUUGACUAUGGUAUAGUUACUGCUGGUGAAAUGGAAUGCUGGUUGGACUCGGGUGAAAAGAGGUCGCUGAAGGUUGGAGAUAUCGUGAUCCAACGUUUAACCAACCAUGCCUGGAAGAAUCCAAGCCGUGACAAGUGGGCUCGAAUGGUGUUUAUUUUGCAAGAAGCACAGCCUCUGAAAAUAGGAUCCAUAGAGCUCAAAGAGGAAUACGGAAAUAUUCCGGGUGUGGCAGCGAGUACCUAA